GUGUGUUUUCCUCUUUAUAAACCUGGCUGUUAUUUCCUUUCCCCCAUCUUUCUUUUCCAUCCACGCUAACUCGCUCUCAAUUCCACUGUGAAACAGGCACGCUCACGUACAGCCUCAUCCGCGCGCUCACACACUCCAUCGCUUGCUCUGCUGCUCUCCUGCCUCCCCCCUCACUCACUCACACACACACACACACUCUCUCUCACACACACCCCUUUCAUAAGGUGCUGGCAGCAGCAGUGUUAGCAGCAGCAGCAGCAGCAUUGGAAGAGGAGGGAGCCUCCGAGACAAGAUGUAGUCGCGUGAAUGUGCGUGUAUCCUCGCAGCCGCCGUCCUCCUUCACUGUGGAAUUACGGAACAAAAGAGGAGGACCUUUCUUCCGCAUCUGCGGUUUCCAUUUUUCCACCUUCCCUCUUGUCGCGGUUUUUCUGCCCUCCCCUUGCGCGUGGCGUCGUUUUCGACGGAGGCUAGUGGCAGAGCUGGAGAGGAGGGAGGCUGACACGGGCUUGUCUGCGGACUGAGAUCUCCAAAGCAUCGAGGUCACCUCAGAGGCCGUUCUCUCCUUUCUUCUUUUUUUCCUCCCCCUUUGCGUUUUCUCUUUCCCAGGCAGGCCUUUUGUUUUUCAGCGGACUUGUCUGAGGGGCUGCCGUCGCCGUGCUGAAUUGGGCUAUUGUUGGACAGGCAGGCCUCUCUCUCUCUCUCUCCCUCCACAAUACCUUAUCCUCCCUCCCUCCCUCCUCUCUCAUCUUCCACUGCUCCAUCCUUUCAUCCCCAUGCACCUUGCUUAAACUCAUAUGUGUGUUUGUCGGUGCGCACGUACUGUCCGGAAUCAUCUUUGCGUUGCAUCUUGUCCUCCAUUCUCGCCCCCCCUGUUCUCCCAUCCCCGCAGUGCCUGGCGACGUAAUGUGCCCUUCGUGGCACAUGAAUCCGGAUGUUUGGCAGGGGGUCGGUGGGAUUUGUUCCAGCCAAGGGUGAUGCCUCAGAGGACAGCCCAGCCCAGCGCUCCCACGCCCACCUCCAACCACUGAGCACGCUUGCCUGCGCCGCCACGUGUCACCCCUGGUUAGCGUGCGUACGUGCGCGUAUGUGUGUAUAUGCGUACACACGUGUGUGUGUGCGAGAGCGCCCUUACCAUGACUCUGGCCUGAUACCUGGACUGGGGUGUCCCCUGCCAAUGUGGGGGAGGGACUGAACCUCAGGUUACUCCCCACCCCCUCCCUCCCCUUACCCCCUUCCCUCUUUCCCCUCUUCCCCCCAUCCACGGGGUAACCUGCCAACAUGAAGAAGACCCGCAGCACCAACCUCAGGCGGGCCUGGCCCAGCUCGGAUCUAUCGGAGCGGGCCUUGGAGCGCAUCCGCUCUCGCAGUGAGAAGGACUACCACCACCAUAAGCACUUUCCACCGCCCCCUCCUCCGUCCCACAUCUCCCCUUCUCCACGGGGCUACAUGACACCAGGCGAUGUAUCUCCUAUCAGUAUGUCACCCAUCAGUCAGUCUCAGUUCAUCCCACUGGGAGAGAUUCUGUGUCUGGCCAUCUCAGCCAUGAACUCUGCCCGCAAGCCUGUUACACAAGAUGCGCUGAUGGAGCACCUUGCCACCUGCUUCCCAGGUGUACCCACUCCAAGUCCAGAGAUCCUGCGGCACACGCUGAACAUGUUGGUUCGGGAGAGGAAGAUCUACCCCACACCAGAAGGUUACUUCAUUGUUACUCCACAGACCUACUUCAUUACUCCCUCCCUCAUCCGCACCAACAGCAAGUGGUACCACCUGGAUGAGCGGCAUCCAGAGCGACAGCAGCAGCAGCAGCAGCAACAACAGCAGCAGCAGCAGCAGCUUCAACAACAGCAGCAGCAGCCACCACCACCUCAACAGCAAUGCACAUCACCACAAUCUGGAACCAUCACUCCCUCCACCUCUGGCUGUGUACGAGAAAGGCCUAACCCUAAAAAUCACUGCGACUCUUAUAAUGCCUACCGCGAUGAGGUGCCAAGCAUUCAUACCUCCACAAUUCAAAGAAAAUCCCCAAAAGAACCCAAAGGAGAUCCCCCUUCAUACCCACAACCCCCACCCCCUCCACCUGCCAUUCAGCAUCCACCUGAUCCCGCCGACAAGAGCAAGACCAUGACCGCCACCUUCUCUUACAAAACGGACACACUGACCAAGAAGAAGGAGGGCAGUGGUGGGGGCAGUAGUGAGAGGCAGUCUAAGAAGUUUGGGCUGAAGCUCUUCCGCUUGAGCUUCAAAAAGGACAAGACCAAGCAGCUUGCCACCUUUUCAGCACAGUUUCCUCCAGAGGAGUGGCCCUUGAGGGAUGAAGACACGCCAUCAGCUGCAGCAAUCCCUCGUGAGGUGGAGAUGGAGAUCAUCCGCCGCAUCAACCCAGACCUGACGGUGGAGAAUGUGGCUCGUCAUACAGCUGUCAUGAAGCGGCUGGAAGAGGAGCGAGCUCAGCGCUGCAAGGCCAACUCAUCUGCACAGCACAGCGCCCGCAGCCGCCGCAGCCGAGGCCAUCGGCGUGUGCCACACGGGAAGUCACGUUCGCACAGCAAGACACGGGCUUCUCGGGGAGACCCGUCUGAGGGCUCCAAUCUGGACCUGCCAGCAGUCAGCCUUGAGAGGGACUACCGUUUUUUUAGUCACUCUCUGGUACGCUCACCUAGAGAGGGAAUGUACACGAUGGAACGCAGAGGUGGUGGUGCUUACCUUGUCCACAGCAAUCCCAACAUUGCUGAGUCACACUUUCCUGUUACCCCGGAGUGGGAUGUUUCAGGGGAGCUUGCAAAGAGGCGGACGGAGAUGCCUUUCCCAGAGCCUUCACGUGGGACGUCACAUUCUAGAGUGCACCGGAGUCACAGCCACACUCAGGACCGCAAGUCACGCAACGAACGGCCUGACAAGGCUAAAGAACGAUCCCGUUCUAUGGACAAUUCCAAGGGCCCCCUGGGAGGUGGGAGCUCCACGCUUGGCACAGCUGAGGAUUAUGACCGCAGUCCAGAUGACAGAAGCCGCUACUAUACCGAUGAUGGGACACUUAGAGCCUCCUCUCAAAAGGCACCGCACUACUCAUGCAUCAUGUUUUCUGCUGCCAAGUUCAGCUCUGAAAUGUCUGUAACUGAUAUGGGCAAAAUGAGUCUGGAUGAAUCAAGGCUCUGCAGCCCUCUAGAACGGAAUAAGAGUAGGGACAGCCUCCCAGCGUACAGUGACCUGAAGGCCCUAUCGCCAAAGCCUUUGGCUGAUGACUACUUCCAGUGCAAUACAUCGAAUGAAACAAUCCUAACUGCCCCGCUGCCUCUGGGCAAAUCUGACCAUGACACUUUAACCCCAUCUGAUGGAAUCCGCAAGGGCUCUCCAGCUGACCGGCAGACACCGCACCUCACUUCUCCACACCCCUUGGAGUACAAAGAGGACUCCUCCACCAAAGGGCACAAUGGUUCUGGCAAACCCACACCAAGCCAGACACCUGAGCCUAUGCCCAAUGGACGUUUGAUACAGCACCAACACAACACUGAUCCAGGGGGUGGGGGAGGCGGUGGUAGCACUGGUGGUGGGGUGGACAAGAGGAAAGAGAUUUUCAGUAAGGACACUUUGUUCAAACCGCCACACAAUGUUUUGACUGUGAGCUAUGUAGACAGUGGCUACUCAAAGUCAGGCACUUUGCGUAAGACUCCGCACAUGAAAUCAUCUGAGGUCCUUGACACUCUGGAGACCCAACAGCCACCUAACUCCACCGCUUUGUCUGCUUCUGCCCCAGCACCUACAGGCACAGAACAGGGUGCUCCCUCCACAUCUGAAGCUGCUUUUGAUUAUUACAACGUGUCAGAUGAUGACGAUGAGGAGGAGGUGGAGGAUACCUCCCGUAAAGAGGCUGCCCCAACAGAGACAAAGGUGCGGGCAGGAGUUGGUGAGGGUGGUGGAGGUGGUGGGACCAUGCAGUGGUUGCUAGAACGAGAGAAAGAGCGGGAUUUACAGCGGAAGUUUGAGACCAACUUGACUCUGCUUAGCCCUAAGGAGAGCGAGAAUAAUAACAGCCAGAAGUCAGCUCACUCGGCACGGCUGGACAGCAUGGACAGCAGUAGUGUGACUGUAGACAGUGGGUUUAACUCCCCUCGCACACGGGAGAGCCUGGCAUCCAACACCUCAAGCAUAGUGGAGAGCAACCGGAGACAGAAUCCGGCACUAAGUCCAGGCCACAUGGGCACCACCAGCAUCGGCCCUCCAUUCAGCUUCCGUGCAAUCCCAGAGCCCCCCACAACACAACCUGAGAAACUGCAGAAAUCCCCCAACUGCCUUGCCUCCAUCACCAGCGUCUGACAUGGGCCCGUCUGGGUUGACGUAGGGUCUAGGUGAUUUGCAAUGAUGGGGUGCCUAAGUGCAGGAGGGUUGGAUAACUCCCUCCAUCAAGCACCUCGACUACAUGGGGACUGUUAAACCCACAGGCAUGGCUUCCAGAGACUGUUCCUACAGCAUCAAAGGUCACUGCAAAAAAAGAAAAGAAAAUAAAAAUAAGGGAAGAAAUGGAAAAGGAAAUUUCUCAUCAUAGGAUUUACCUUAACACGCAAUUAAUCAGGAAAUUCUUCAGUCGAAUCAACAGUUAUUUUCAUAAUAGGCUUGAAGUAACUGCUAAUUUAACAAUGUUUUGUUUUCAGAAGUAUAUUGUUUUCAUCAGUCACAGAUUACGAGCCAAUGAGAUCAUGCAGCCAAUGGAUUACGUUUGCACGCAUUAAGAAAUCGAUGCUGAUGUGCAGGUCAAAGGUAUUCAAGAUUUGUGAUAUUUGUAUGCAGUACAAUGUUAAAACGAUCAUGAUUCAUAAAUCUGUUAAUAUUCCUAAAAAUAAACCCAUUUGUCAUGGCACUGUUAGAUACAUUGGUAAAAUAAGAGUCAUGCUCACGUGCUUAUUGAAACAACACAUGCUGAAUUAGUGAGAAAAAUAUGAUCUCCUUCUGAAAUUAAAAGAUUUUCUUUUCUUGCUUUUUUUUUACCCAAACUUAUGUCGCAUACAAUUACUUUGUAUGCACCUUGACGUUUCAUUAAGGUUCAUAAUUAAUCUCAGGUCAUGAAUAGUUAACUCUCCUAAGAAGAGGUAAAAACAUUGGUCAGUCUGUAAUCAUGUUUCUGUGGAUGGUUUCACCAAUCUUUGUUUCUGAAGGGAAUAAAACUCUUGCUCUCUGUGGACAAACAUUAGGGUCAAUUCUGAAUUGUUUUAAUGACGUUAUUCCCUUUUGAAAUAAAAACAGGUGUGUGUUUUACGCCAGUGUGAAUCGGAAACCUAGUCUCAUGAACCAGGACUCUUGUGGAUGUCAUGCUUGUCUUCUGUGUAGCUUGAUGGCUCUGUUUGUUGUCACAAAAGGAGGAGGAGGAUGUUGGAAAUCGCAAUGGUGAGAAUGACUGGUGUUGCGUCUAAAACAUCCACGACACUCCGAGGAAAGCUCAUACAGUUCUCUUCCUUUGGGCCUGUGGAAUUCAGAGACUCUGCCCUUUUGCUGCUUUGAGAAACCUUUAUUUUCAAAGAUUUUCUUACUUGAGUUGAAUCCAGACCGCUAUGGUGUUUUAUUUUGUUUUUGCAUCACUGUUUUCCUUGGGAAUUGAGCUGGUUUCGGUCAGUACUCAAACCUAAAUGGAACGAAAUGGUUCAAAAUCAACACAUUACAUGUAUAUUCACAUUCCUCCCCAGCCGUAUCAAUAAAUGCUUAUUUUAGGUUGGAACAACUGAUUCAAUGAAAUUAUGUACGAAUAAUUUUCUCCACUGUUCAAAAUGUCAGAGAUGAAAAUCAGAUUUUGACCUGCCGUGUGGUAUAAGGCUCACGACCAUGAGCAAAAGCCCCUAUUCCCAGAUUGAAUUAAACAUUAAAAUUCUUGCUUUGAACAUUUGGACUAUGGCUUUAACUGUUUGGUGUAGCAUCUUAAGAAUGCACCAGUCGUAUCCCUGAGAAAAAGUCACAUCUAUUACUGCAAUUUACCAUGUGGUGAUUCUUCUUCUCCCUUUUUACCUUUCAUUUAAUUUGUCUCAUUGGCCAUAACCUUCACAGAUCCACUGCUCGGCGAUGUGUUCAGGUGGAUAUCCUCCAAUGGGACUUCUGGUUGUGUUUGAAUCAAAGACGUUAAACCACUUUCAGCUCACUCCCAACUAUUUUUCCACAGACACACACAUACACAGCCAUGCAAACUACCCUACACCCCCACAUACAUGCACAUAACUAGCUACCUCCACCACCUGUGUAACAACAAGGUAGGGACGUGUACAGAUUUGGAUUCUUUGCCUGUGGAACACAGCGCUAUCAGCCUCUUCUCUGUGAAUGUUGACAAGGAGCGGCGGACACUGUAACUAAGAGGACUUAUUCUAAAGUAAUCAGUAUUAAGUGCUGUAGUUUCAACUCAACUCUAUUUUUUUUUCUUCUCAGUUUUUCGACAGAAGUGUCUUUUACUUAUUUGCAAGUUGUGUAUAAAUCUGUCUGGCACCACAUCAAUGAAACAUUUUCAGUUUUAUGUUUUGUGUAUGACGCCAUUUUGAGUUGUCUGCUGUCCCCCUUCACGUGGGUAUUUCUUUAUUUGCUUUAUGAUUUCAGGCCCAGUUUGUUAAAAAUGCAUCAAGAUGGAGAUCAAUCAAGGGACUAUGCUUUAUAUGAUAAACUCCAGGCAAACUCCAGUCAAAAGUACUUCAUCACUUUAUGGCAAUACUGAUAUCUCAAGUAUUGUUUUCACAUUCCCACCUAAUAUGUGAGAGGUCAGCGGUUAGGGUCCAAACAGCCUCUUAGACCCUGUAGUUGGAGGUGGAAUGAAGAUUGAGGAAAGACGAGCCUCGUAUAUUAAAUGAUAAUUUUAUAUCAUUGCUAGACAUCAGAGACAGAGCAAGCACCUCACAGCAUCUGCUCUAUAAAUAGAUGCUUUUCGAAUCAUUUCAACAGAGCUUUACUCAACACAAGUACAGUGCGCUUUAGUUAUCGAUACAACUCUGGAGAAUUUGAAUACUGACAAACACAUCACUUCCUUUACUUGGCAAGGCUUUGUAAGAGGAUGCAUUUUGGGUGUCUGUCACAUUCGUUUUGAUUUGAAGCCCCCUCCUUCAUCAGGUAAUCAUUUCUUUCUUUUUAUUUUUUUUAAUCACAUUAGUUUUUGAUAGACUAAAGGGAGUAAUGCAGCCAAGACUGCCUUGUAAAAAAAACAAAACAAAAACAAAAAAACGUUUGCACUGAAAUGCCUGGCCUCUGGUUGCUGUUAAGUCCAUCCAAGACGGAUGCUUUGUUUAUAUUGUAAAAUAUUUCAUAUGAAAUAAAAAUGACCAUGAAAUGUCUUCCCUUAACAUUAUGGAUUUUAGAACCACGUCAGACAACAUUGUUUCUAAAUGGUGACAGUGUACAGUAUCAUACUGUAAAUGAAAUCAAUCUGCCAUGCUUAGUAUAACUUCAAAAGAAUACUGAAAGAUAUGAGGGAUCUUUUUGUAAUGUCUAUAAUAUUUGAAAAGAAGUCCCUAUUUGUGUAGUAAUGGUGUUUCAUCGUUGUGGUAGUGUAUGUGAUAAACCCAGUUGGGAGAUUGUGUUACUUUUUCAGACAAUAAAAUAACAUGUUUGGUUAUA